UAAAAGCCAGGCAAACACACAAAAUGGGCAGAGCGGGUGCACUGAGCCUUUAUCGACUACGUCCCAACAAAACUUUGUUCAUGCUCUGUGACGUCCAGGAGAAGUUCAAGCCCGUGAUGCCAUUGUGGAGUGAUUUAAUUGAGAAUAUCAAAAAACUGUUAGCGGCGGGCAAAAUAUUUAAUGUGCCCCUCGUGGUCACGGAGCAAUAUCCUGAGAAGCUGGGCAAGACAGCCGCUGAGUUGGACAUCAAGCAUGCUUGCGCAAACAUACCCAAGACAAAGUUUAGCAUGAUUGUGCCGCCCGUCAUGAAUAAUAUUGACGAUAUAUUCGGUGGCAAGCCAAAAUCGGUUGUACUAUUUGGCGUAGAGACGCACGUUUGCAUUGAACAUACUGCCUUCGAUUUGAUAAAUAAUAAGGUAAAUGUAUGGCUGGCCGCUGACUGCUGCGCCUCGAGGCUCAAUCAGGAUCGGGAUUUAGCAUUGGAGCGACUGCGGGACAUUGGAUGCAUCAUUGCCACGUCCGAGAGCAUUAUUUUCAAUUUGCUGAGCGACAAAAACCACAAGUCCUUUAAGGAUGUGGCGGGACUAGUAAAGAAAACGUCGAGGGACGUGAAGCUGUGGCGUCCCACAAAGGCACCCGCAACAGACAAGAAGUAAGCGGCGCCUUUUAAGUGUUGGGGCCGCUGCAUUUUCUUGCCAUUAAAGAUUCAUUUUGUGUGUCUGCCGGGCUAGCAACUCAUCGAAAUUAUGAAAGGACCACCGGUAGGGCGCUUUGGAUGCCUUGUGCCGUGGCAUCAUAAACAUUUUGGCCAGCGGACAGUUGAAUGGCUCAAGAGUGGCGGUGCCUGUGUAGCGCCUUAUAAGCCGUCUGACGCCACAAUUCCAACAGCAUCAGCAUUAGCAGCAACAGCAGCAGUAACAGCAGCGGCAGCGGCAGCAGCCGUCGCCUCGGCUAAAACAGCAGCCGUUGCAUGUCGGCUCCUGCCGUUUAUAUAUAUAUACCCUGACAUUAUGGUGGCUCCUAGAAAUUGGGCACUAAAAUUUUAUGAUGUAA